AUGUUUCAAUAUUUUGCGCCAUCGUCCAGCUCCACAUCCGCACAAGAUGAUCAAUUUUAUACCGGGUUGGUGCGACCUUCCGGCUUUAGUCAUUCGAUAAACCAGACCAACUUCAUAAGCGAUCCAAAAACAGAAUUGGACGUUCAUCCAGCGGAAUAUGAAGGGUAAGGAGAGUAUCCUAUAUCAGAAUAGUCUUUUCUCGAGUCUUCGUUGCCAGAUUUGAAUGAAAAAGCGUGCUCUGAGACAUGUUAUACGAUGAAAAAUGUUCAGUUCCUUUCUUCUUUUAUUUUGUUAUUUUUUUUAUUUUUCGUUCAAUUUCAGCGCUGAAUUCGUCUUUGACAAUGAGCAGAUCUCGGUGUUAUGUCAAGUCCUACAGAAUGGCAACGAAAUUGACCAAUUAGUAAGUUGCGUUUCUUCAAAAAACAGUUGUUUUCUCUAAUUUUAGGCAUCAAUAUAACGUCUUCUAAAUUUAGGCGCAAUUCGUCUGGUCGAUACCGGACAAACCGGAGUACAAAUGCAACGAACACAUCCUCAAAUCUCAAGCACAAAUCGCCUUUCAUCGACAGAAUUUCAAAGAGCUCUAUCAGUUGCUGCAGUCGCAUCACUUUUCACCCGAACACCACGAAGAACUGCAGAAUUUGUGGAUGAGAGCGCAUUACAUCGAAGCUGAAAAGAUCCGAGGACGGGAGUUGGGUGCUGUUGGGAAGUAUCGAAUACGAAGGAAGUAUCCGUUGCCUAGAACGAUCUGGGAUGGGGAGGAAACGAGUUAUUGUUUUAGGGUAAGUGAUUGAUGUCCAAGAUUUGGAUGGUGCUCGGAUAUCUGUUGUCGGAUUUUUUUGAAUUUUUUUAUGGAAGGGCGUUAUAGCUCUAAAAUUUACCAAGCAAAGUUUUGCCAUAGUAUUUUGAGAACGAGCCGAGAUAUUGCCCAAUAUUACACUAGGUACCUAAAAAUUUUUGGAAUAGUUGGUAUCACUAUUUUAACGACUCGGAAUUGCAUGAAAAUUUUUUCACAUCUUUGUUAUGGGUUAUACUUUAUUUGCUGAAAAUUGUAGAUUGAAACUUACAGUAAAACUGGAAAUACUGACAAAUAUUGUACAAGGACCAUGUGCAAUAUAAAAUAGAUCAUAAAUUUUCUUUCAGGAAAAAUCCCGAGUUGUCUUGCGGAAUUCCUACAGGAAGAACCCUUAUCCCUCACCAAAAGAGAAGAAAGAGCUGGCUUUGGAGACAAAUCUUACUGUAACACAAGUUUCAAAUUGGUUCAAGAAUCGGCGGCAAAGAGAUCGAGCGGCUGGUUCAAAGUGAGUUUUAUUGAAGAUUUUCCUCUAGCAAAUAACUAUUUUUUUAAUUUUGUUACUAUUUACUAUGAAAAUUUUGAGAUUCAUAAAGACCUUUUUAUUUUUUUUUUCGAUUUCUCGUUGAUCUGCUACCUAAAUUAAUAUAAAUUUGCUUUCAGAGACGGAAUUUCCCAAUCAGGCUACAACAGUUUUGACGAAGACGAUCUCAAUCUCUCAGCCAACACAGCCAAUGUUCUUGGGUUGGCUUCCGGUUCACUUGAUGCAUCUUCGACGACGAUUCGCCAGCUGGUCCCGUUGGAAUUUUCGAUUUAUAAUCCCGCUUUUUCGGUGACCCCAUGGUACGGAGAGUUCGGACAAGUCAAUCCACCAGCCACAGUGCCCUAUGACACAUCAAAAUUUACCGCGCAGAACCUGGCAAACCCGUCGGCAUCAGCACAAAUUCACAAUGCUUAUCAUCCAUUAUAA